CAUGGGAGGCGCUCCCGCCAGCCCCGCUCCGCCUUAGGGCGGGCAGCCCCGCGGCGGAGGGCGGCUGCGGCCGGACCCCCCGCCCCGACCUGCCCUGCCGGGAAGCAGCGCCAGCGAGCGGCUCCGCUCCGCCCGUACUCAGCUCUGCCCUGGGGGGCGGCGGCAGCAGGAUGAGACUGAACGGGAGCGAGCUGAACAGCUCCGUCCUCCCGCGGGACCCGCCGGCCGAGGGUGCCCCGCGCCGCCAGCCCUGGGUGACCUCCACUUUGGCCGCCGUCCUCAUCUUCACCAUCGUGGUGGACCUGCUGGGCAAUCUCCUGGUCGUUCUUUCCGUCUACCGCAAUAAGAAGCUGCGAAACGCGGGUGAUCCUUGGACUUCAUUUUUGUGCCGAGAGACUGGGUAGCCCGAAAAAUACUUGACUCAAGGAAAAGAACUUGUAGAAGAUCAAGUUGUAGCACAAAUUCAGGGUUCUGAUAAAAACUGAGAUGUUGAAGGCAAUGAACAUUAUUUCAGAAAUUAAUAAGUUCCAGUAUUAAAAAUGGUAAGCUGUUUGGGAGAAGGGAAAAUGUCUGGUGGAGAUGCUGAACUUUGCCAAUUGUUGAAAAGAACUGAGCAUAAAAGUACAGUUUCAAUAAAGUUGUUCCACAGA